CGUGGUCAGUUGGAGUCUAAACGUCGGUAGGGGGAUACAGAUACUAGCUGAAGGACAGAGAACACUACAACACUGACAAGAAACAAGAGAAGGAAUCAGUGAAAGGAAGAUGCUGCUGCUUCCUUUCGCGAUCGUCCUUGCAGUUCAAUUAUGGAGCUGCGGUCUCGUGUAUACGAAUACCGAACAAAGCCCUUCUAAUCAACUGGAGUGGGAAUAUUUCAGUUUGAUAGGACGUAUAGUUAAUGGGACCAAGGCUGUUUCGAGGCAGUUUCCUUAUCAGGUGUCUCUAAGACGAAGUUACAAUUCCAGACACUUCUGCGGAGGCUCGUUGAUCGACGAGUACUAUGUUCUCACAGCGGCACACUGUAUGUACAUGAAUGGCGGCCGUAUACAGCCUUGGACCAUCACGGUGGUUGCUGGAGAAUUGCAACUCAACAAGCAAACGGCCACUGGACAGAGUAGAGGCGUCGACGAGAUUAUCGUUCACUCCGAAUUUGACGAAACAACUUUGCAGAACGACAUAUCUCUCCUCGUUCUCAAAGAACCCUUCAAGCUCACGCAGGAAGUUAUGCCCGUGCAACUUGCCACGAACGAAGUUGAACCCGGCACGGUUUGCCAAGUGUCCGGAUGGGGCUACCCAGCAUUCGACACACCGAUAGUGAGCAACGAUCUCAUGUACGUGGAUCUACCGAUCAUAAGUAAGAACCAGUGCAAGGAGCUUUUGGUGAACGUAACAGACCUGCCGCCAGGGAUGUUCUGCGCCGGAUACACAGAGGGACUGAGAGACGCGUGUCAGGGUGAUUCUGGGGGUGGUAUGAUUUGCGACGGCUUCCUGUGUGGUGUGGUUUCCGGUGGCGAAGAGUGCGCGUUACCGGGACUCCCCGGCGUCUACUCGGACGUCUUGUUCUACGAGAGUUGGAUACUCGAAAACAUGAACGUGGCGACGAAACGGAUGACCUCGAAGGACGUUGAAACCACAAAUGAUCCUUCGGGUAAAACAAUUACCGGUGACCCCGAAGAUCGUUGAAACCAAAAAUGAUCCUUCGAGUGCUCAACACCUACUAGCCAGUGUUCUACUACUUUUCGUAUCUUAUAUUCUUAUUUCAAUAUAAUUAAUCUUUCAGAAUUACCAGUAAUACGAUAAAAUUUACAUUAAACAACAGUUUAGUCUUAGUCGUUCCAGAAAACAAUUCAUAGUGAAAAUAGAACGAACGUAAAUAUUACUGGAAAAACACAUAUCUUGUUUCGUGUGUAAGUGAUCGAGCAUUACAAAAUUUAAAAAUAUGUAUUCUAAAUGUAAAUGUAAUAUAAAAAAUAAACAAGUAUAUAAAUGUCAAUA